AUACAAAAUAGGUAAUUGGUAGGAAAAAAACACAAAAAAAAAAGAAUCAAGCAUUUCAGGAGAAUGCACAUGAGUCGCGAUGUGCCGCCGCUGUUGAAUCGAACUAUUUAUAGCGGCAUGGCGAAGGAUUUGGUCGACUGUCGGCCCACCAGUGGAAGUAGCAACAGUCUCAGUGCACAGCCGUCGGCCACAAUUAGAACCGACAGCGACCCUUCUGAAAGUCCUGAGCAGAUCACCACAGAUGAUGAUGAACUCGGUUUCAAUUCGGGCAGCGAGUACGUGGAAUGGGAUCGCAUUGCAUACGAGCGUGAACGAAAGAGGCAGCCAUUAAAUAAAUUCCAGGACACUAGUCCCUCAAAGAACAGCUCCUCGCUCGCACUUCAUCCAACUGCUUCUGAUGAAAAGAGCCUCAGCAGUUGCUGGAAGCGUGCCGAUUUGAGUGUCACACAAUUUCUGAAGGCCCAGGAUGAGGCUGCCGAGCAAAAUAAAGAAUCGUCGAAGCAGCUCAAGGAAAAGGUGUCCAAGCGCAACUUUUUUCACAAUGCAGAGGCGCAAAGUCGUUGCUACAGCAUCGUGGAUCAUGGAAAGCGUGUCAGUUGUGUUUCCUCGGGCAACUCUGAAAAAGCAAAGUAUGCCAACAGACCCAUAACGAAGGAACAACUAACUGAGAAGAUCCCACAAAGCACAGUCCCGCCCACAUCGGCCCAAAAGACGUCCGAUGUAUUUAAAUAUAGAGAAAUUUGCGAGAACUUUCUGAAUCAAUACAAGACAUUGGAGGAUGCCAACACGAUGCAAUAUAGGACCAACUUAAAAACUGAUUCCGAGGCCAACAAGCGUACCAAACGUACCGAACGCUGGGUCAGUCAGUUUGGAGAACCGGAUGCCAAUGAGAAUCUGAACAGCGGAGUCCAAUCUGAGGACAUCAAGGGGCCUCGUGGUAGUAUAAAUACCGGGGAAUAUGAACGUGGAGACACUUCGGAGAGCGCAGCCAGAUCGCCCACUAAAAAUAUUGUCAACUAUAAUACAAUUAUACAGGAACAGCUGGCACUAAUGGCUAAAGACUCUGAAUGCAUAAUGGAAGAUUCCAACGGAAUAUCAGGCCAUAAAAUCCAAAUGGCAAUGAAGCGCGCUUUGAAAGAAGCUGGAAAACUCUUGAUCAAGGAGAGAUUCCUACAAAAUUGUCGCAGCCAGUCCCAAAUGUGUGAUUGUAAGGAGGAUUUGGUUGCGGAUGCCCAAGAUCGUGAACAGUCAAAUGAAGAAAAACCCAAAAAUGUGGAGAAAUUAUUUCAAAGGUGUCCCAGACAUAGAUGUAAGAAAUCAAAUUUUAUUACCGAAUUCAAAAAGAUCAUCCAGGCUUCCCGAAAUCAAGAGAAAUCGUGUGAUUUUUCAGAAACAGCUGCUUCAGCUUCAGGUAGUGAUGGGUUCCAACCCAAUAAGAAGUAUGAUAGCAGCUCUGGGUAUAAACUGAGGUCGAGCAGCACCGGCUACAGCUCUACUGAGAGCAAGAAUGUGUCCAACUCCACACAUUUCACACCCGAAGGUACAUAUUUUCGCCACCAUAGCUCGUGUAUUCAUCAUAGAACGUAUAAAGAUAGCGCUAAUAGCCCCAUUAACAUAAAGCGGAUGCACCAGAUGAAUAUUCUAAAAGCAUCUUCAAGAGCCAGGAAUACCGAGAAGUGCUCAAACUCUACAAUAAACGGAGUAAUAUCCAACUAUACUGAUAGUCACAGGUCCAGUAAGAAUAAUGAGCAAGAGAUGAACACGAAAAGGUCUCCCUUAGAGUUGAAAGAUGGAAGAAAAGCGUGGGGAGAAGCGAAUCGCUUAUCAUCAAAUAAAAAUAAGGUUGGCAGAUUAGAGAAGAAAGCUUCUCAAGAUGAGGCGACAAUGGAAACACCCGACGUCCACCAGGGUUCUUGUAUACAAAAGACUGAUCUUUCGACUUCUGCAUCGUUAAAAAUUUGCAAAAAGCGAGGCUCAGAGCCAGCCCAUAGAUUUACAAACGAAGAUCAAUCAAAUUCGUCGUGCUCGAGAGAUGUGCUCAGCCAUUCUAUUGACGGAGAAAGCGAGUUACAGAGUUAUAAAUCAAAAGGGUCUGUAAUGCAAGAUGCUGAAACUAAUCUUCCAGAUCUUGGUAUAUCGUCUUCUAAAGAAUCAAAGAAGCACGAAAGAAGGUGCUCUUGCUCUAAAAAAUUGCCCACCAGUUUCAUUGGGGGAGAAAAUGAGCCACAGAUAAAAUUAAAAGGCUCUCCUGCAAAAGUGAAGAAAGAAGAAUAUAAAGAAAGGGCUGAAAAGAAAGAUUCUCACAAAACAGAAGAGCUUGAGAGAUACAAUUUGAAAGAUCGUUUUGAAACCCCAUCACAAGAUAACAACCUUUAUGAUGCAGUUGAGAGUAAAAUUCAGAAAAGCAAAAACAAUUCUACUGGAACUUCUUCUUCGCCAAGACCCAAGAAACUCAGGGACAAGUGGGUUGACAUGAAUUAUAAAAGUAUAGCUGAGAGUCGAAAGAUCUGUGCGUGUAAUUUAAAAAGGGUAGCCAAUGCCAAUGAUGACGGUAGUGAGCUAGAGAAGAGACUAAACGAUAAAGUGUAUAUAGAAGAAAUGACAGGAAGAUUGUCAGCAAAUCAAUAUGUCACCAAUGAUAAGAUGAAAAAUACGAACCAAGACCAUGGUCAGAUUUUCAAACUAGGUGCUGAUGCUGAUUCACUAGACAUGAGUUUUUCAGACGAUAAGGAAUCAAUGCAAUAUCAUGAAAGAUCUUCAAGAAGCGAGAAACUCUGCGAGAAGUGUCGCCGUAUAGGCGGAACAAACAGAUCGAAUUUCUCUAGCUAUGACAAAAUGCCUUCGACCCACAAUGAGAAAAUGACUGAGUUGAGUAUGAAAGCUGAAGAAAAGUCCCUAAAGGGAAAGAAGGAAAAGGCUCCAACAAUGUCAGCAAAAGAUUAUAACUUGUAUGCAGAUAGGGAACUACUUAGUGAGCUACAGAGUUUUACUGUCAUGCUAGAUUCCGACUCUCAAGGAAAGAAACGUGGACCGAAGUGGAUUCAAACUACAACCAAGAACCGAAGAAAUUGUUCUUGCUGUGCACUUUCUAGUUCCAAGAGGAGUGAGAGUGAGAUGGAUUCUGAAUUAAAAAGUUCAGUUUUAGACUCUACUAGAGGAAUGCAAAUGUCUUCAAAGGAAGUAAGAAAAGCUUCCAGUAAGAAGGAUCGUUUAGAAACGAUAACAAAAAAUGAGGACAUCUAUGAUACGGAAGAGGCAGUUAUAGGAGCAGAUGAAGACUACCAGGGCUAUAAUGAGAAGCUAGACUCUGAUGAGGACAAUUAUUAUCACUCAAACGACGAAGACUCAACACAAGCCAAGAUCACUCCAGCUUCUUCUAUAGCUGGCAAGAAGCGUGGAAGCCAAUUGGCAUCAACUAAGAAUCAAGCAAACCCCACUUGUGAGGAGAAGGACUGUGAAAUUGAGAAGAAAGUAAACAAGUUGUUCGCUAUUACAGAAGAAAAGAUAAUUUCAUCAAAUGAUCCAAUAGUUGGCAGCUUGUCGAAGAAAGAGUUUCAAACAACAGAAGCAGUUGAAACACUCAAACAAGCGAAAGAAGAGAAAACUGUGCCGAAAAACGCAUUGGGUCUUAACAUCAUUAAUGCUGAUGAGGCGCUAUUGGAUAUACCCGAGGACUUCCAGGGUUACGCCGUCAUGCUAGACUCUGAUGCUGACAUGCUAGACCUGAGCAUAUCCGACGAUGAGGAGCAGAUAAAAGCCAAGCUGACAGCUGCUGCCCUAACAACCGGCAAGAAAAACGGAACGAAGGUGACCCGGAACGUGUCCAAAUAUAAAUAUGUGCCAUCCGAAGAGGAGCCACUGAAAAGCCGGACUUAUGUGCCUCUAGAAAUAUUCUAUAGACGCACUGAGGUGAACCGAUCCGAACUGCUGCUCUGCGAUGGCACCGACGACCCAAUCGACGAGACCGAGCCCACCAAUUAUAGGGAAUAUGUGUACCAGUUGGCGGAGCGUACUUUGCGGGCUUGCGUCAAAGUCUACACUAACAAGCACGAUGAGCUGAGACGGGAAUCGAGGUUUCGGGAAUCGCCACCGUAUAGCUGCCAGUGGCCGACUAAUCCAAAAUCCGAAAGCGAUCGCAAUGAAGAAGCCAAGGUGUUUGGCCAGAAAUUAAACAAGCAGCUAAAACAAUUGAAUCAUGACUUUCAGGAGGGACUGCAAUCGAUUGGAAAGUGACACGACAUGCCUUGAAAUUCUUCACCAAUUACGAAUACAGCUCACCAACUACAAAGAUCGAAAACAAAAACAACAACAAAAUAUAUAUAUAAACAUCAGCCACAUA